AAAUAAAAAUUAUUCAACCCUACAAGGGGAGGAUUAAGUAAAACAGGGACAAGUGAAAAGCAGAAAGAACCAUAAAAUUGAAAAAAAUAUCAAGAAAUAUUGACUGAUCACUUGGAUAUUUGUUUGCAAAUUACAAAAAAAAGUACUAUGUGCUUUGUAGCCAAAAAAAAGAAAAGAAAAGAAAAAAAAUAACAAGACAAACUGCUGGUAACGUUGACCAUCUUUACUAAAUGACAAAUCAUUCCUCCUGGUUAUCUUCAAAAAUCUCUCUGUAGCAAAACUCCCAUGGUCAAAUUGUCUUUUGAGCCCAACUUCCAUGGGAUUAGCAGACAACUGAAACGUGACUAUCCCAGUGCUGUAGUUCUUAGUACUGAUGACUUCUUUAUCGAAAAUGGCGUAUACAUGUUUGAGCCUGACUUCCUAGAGGAUGCACACAAAUGGAACCAAAAGAGAGCACACAAGGCAAUGAAGAAUGGGAAAAGCCCCAUCAUUAUUGAUAAUACCAACAUCCAUGCUUGGGAGAUGAAGCCAUACGUGCUGAUGGCACGUGAAAAUGGAUAUGAAGUUAUAUUCCAAGAACCAGAUACACCCUGGAAGUUCAAUGUUCAAGAGCUGACAAGAAGGAAUAUUCAUCAUGUCCCUCGACAAAAGAUACAACGGAUGAAAGAACAAUAUGAGCACAAUGUUACCUUCCACAGUGUUCUUCGGGCUGAAAAACCAAGCAGAGAUGAGAGAAGCUCCAGUGGACCAAAUGCAGCUCAUGGCAUGGGUGCCCAUUGCAACCCCCCUCCAGCCUUCUCAAACAGAAGACUUCAGGUAGCACGUACAAACAACAUGCCAUUUAACUGAAGAGGUGGAUUCCUCAGUGUAUAUUUUAAUGAUCAGGGUAUAAAAGUCUCUAGUUUUACAUUUUUUCUAAACUUUUUUAUUCUUGUAUUUUUCUAAACUGUUUUUUAUUCUUGUAUUUUUCUACUACAUUUUUAAAUUACUGUUUUCUUAGAAAUCUUUAAAUGUCACUGGAUUAUGAUCUGACAGCUCUACAUGACUAAUCUAAGAACACUAUCCCCAGUACAAACUGUACUCCCUCUCAUCUGUCUUCCUCCACAAAAAUCCAUUCAAGCUUACAGUGAAAUUUACUGGCUGUAACACACUUUUUGGUGGUUGGGUUUUUUUUUUUUUCCUGCAUCGUGCUCUGUCACUAAUAGAUAAAAUAUUCCUAAAUUCUUUCUUACAGGCCAUGUGGCCCAUUCCUUCUCCAUGCUGUUGUCAUUUCUUGCCAUUUUAAUACUUUAUAUCUGGCUGUAUAACCUUUUGUAUCAUCUUCCCGCUCCAUCUUGCCUAGAGCAUUACUGCUAGCUUUAAGAGAGGCAAAGUGAAUGGUGGAAAAGGGAGCUCUAACAGAUUGUAGGAAGGUGCGAUGCUGGUCCCUAUCUACACGUCUGCUGUCUGGAUCCAGAUGGGUGGGAAAAGAAGCUAUCCUGCAGUAGUUUUAUCCAUGUUGUUAAAGUCUGCUGAUUAUGUCCUCAUUAAAAACCCUUGUGAAACAUUUUUAAAA